AUGGCGCACGGCUGCCAGACGCCGACGGGCCGCAGGCGGGCUGCGGAAGCGCGCUGCGCAACGACGCUAGGAGCUCUGGUGGCAGCCAAGGAACCGUCUGACUGCAGCGCCGCAGCCGCAGCAGGUCCGUGCGCCAACCUGACGUCACUGACGCUACGCUGCGCCGGGCGCUGUGAGUGGCUGCUGCCGGCCCCGCCUCUGCAGCACGCGAUUACAGAUAAUGUUCAGACCACUAAUUCUAAUACUAAUAGAAAUAAUAUUAACCUAAUUCUACUAAUUGAUAUUUCUGUUGGUCUUUUUAUUUGCUUUGCAGCUUUGAUUAGUUUGUCCUUUGGAGGAGCAAUCGGGCUGAUGUUUUUGAUGCUUGGAUGUGCCCUGCCAAUUUACAACCAAUACUGGCCCCUCUUCGUUCUCUUUUUCUACAUCCUCUCACCUAUUCCAUACUGCAUAGCAAGAAGAUUAGUGGAUGAUACAGAUGCUAUGAGUAACGCUUGUAAGGAACUUGCCAUAUUUCUUACAACAGGCAUUGUCGUCUCAGCUUUUGGACUCCCUAUUGUAUUUGCCAGAGCACAUCUGAUUGAGUGGGGAGCUUGUGCGCUUGUUCUCACAGGAAACACAGUCAUCUUUGCAACUAUACUAGGCUUUUUCUUGGUCUUUGGAAGCAAUGAUGACUUCAGCUGGCAGCAGUGGUGAAAAGGAAUUACUGAACUAUUGUCAAAUGGACUUCCUGUCAUUUGUUGGCCAUUCACACACACGGAAGACGGGCAGCAAUGCUGGCUGGAUGGUGUAGCAAGCUUCUUGGGGGUAUUCUAGGUGCUCCCAUCUUACCUGCAUUGUAAGCAUACUAUUUUCACAGAGACUUGUUAAAGGAUUAAAAGGAUUUUCUCUUUUGGAAAAGCUUGACUGAUUUCACACUUAUCUAUAGUAUGCUUUUUGUGGUGUCCUGCUGAAUUUAAAUAUUUAUGUGUUUUUCCUGUUCAGUUUUUUUUUUAUAUCAAUAUGCCUUGUUAAACAUUUUUUAAAUGUAAUAACUGUUUGCAUUGGCUAGGAAUUCAGAAUUCUGCAAGCUGUAUUACUGGGCUAAAGUACAUCUUUUCUCUUAAAAUUAUUUAGCCACCAUUAUUACAGAAAGUUUUAAAAAUAAGUUUUCAAUCAGUCAGGAUGACAUCACUCCCAAUGUUAUGCAAACAUGCAGACCGCUGGCGUACCUUAUACUCAGUGCAGAUAUAGCUUGUUUAUACCUCAGAGGGGCCAAGGAUUAAUGCUCACGCCCUCCAGAAGGGCUGAUGAUUUUACUAGUAGACAAGUGCUUUGUGAAUUGAAAAUUAUUUUAUGGAAUUGCUACAAAGGAGUGCUUUUCUUCUUAACUGUUAGAAGAAUUUAUGUUCAACUUCAAGGUAAAGGUAUAACAGAUUUAUGAGAUAUGGUUUUUGUUUAUUAUAGUUAAAAGUAGAGUGAGUUGCCAUAGGGGAAGAAACAAUGUGGAAAUUCCAUUUUUGAAACUUGUUUCUAUUUAUAAAUGAAAUUUUUGAUCUUCUAUCAGCCUUUCUUGUUUUACCGUGAGUAAAAUGAAUAUACCUGGAACUACUGCUAAGGAGGGACAGUUGUAUGUUUGCAUCAUAUAUACAGAAAACCUCCCUCUGCUUCCUCUGUUUAACUUAUUUUGUAUAUUGUAUAUAUUAAGUAACUUUUCAAAUAUAGUUUAAAUAACAGGUUAGAAGUGUUUAACUUAACCUCGAAAAUAAUUGCUAUGCCAUACAUUCAGAGUGCCCCCUCCCCUGCAAGGCCUUGACCUGAUUAACAAGUGACUUGUUAUCUUGCAUAUAAUUAAUGCAUUAACAAUUUAAGAUUUAGACCACGGUAAUGUUAGUUCUUAUUCUCUAAGGUUAUAUCAUAUGUAAUUUAAAAGUAUUUAAGGCAAGUUUCCUGUAUACCUCUCAGCUGUUUUGAUUUUGAUUCCAUCAUGAUAGAUCUAUUUCCUUAUAAAAAGCAACUGUGUGAAUUUAUGCAAAGUAGGCAAAGCCAGCUGCGUAGCAGCUUCAGCCACAAACCUGACGCCCAAAUUCCCAGGAACCAGGCAUGCUCAAAUUACAGUGGCCAUUCACAUCUCACAAUUAUCAGGACUUUUUUUCAGGAGCUGGUUAUGAAAAUGUUCCAGUUGGUCAGAUAGUAUUUUAUUAGGGAAAUGUUUGUAUGUUUAUUCAGUAUUCUUAUAUAAAAAUUGUUUUGCCCUCCGCCAUGCUGAGGAAUCCUGACAGUUAUCUUUUGUUGUUCUAUAAGGUUUAUUUCUCAAGAAAGUGGGAUCAAAUUUGGGGGUUGUUCAGCUUUUUACUGAAGAUGCCUAAAGCCACAAGUUUUACCACCUAUCCCGAACCGUUACUUUUAGCUAUGAGAUGAGGAGAAGCAGGAUGAAAUAAGGCAUGUGGUGGAACCCUUCACAUAGGAGGCUGAAGAUGAUGUCAUUGUUAGGAUGCACAGGUGCACAUGAAUUAGGAACCCGUAUGUGUUAGGAUGCACAGGUGCACAUGAAUUAGGGUCCCACAUGUAUUAGAAUGCACAGGUGCACAUGAAUUGAACAGCUGGUGGCACAGCUGGGGACUCUUUGUGCUUGUAAUCUAUGGACAUUUUUCAGGAAGUACAUUUUCUGGUCCAUUUUCCUUUUUCGUUCUUCCAGAUGGCAGUGUACUGCUGCUGUUUUGUCCUCUUGGCCAUAGACUCUUUUUCUAACAGCUACGUAUUCUUUCUGUAUUCUGAUUGCAUUGGCAGCAUUGUGUCUUUGACCUUGUACACUAGCUUGACAUAAGUGCUGUCUCUGAUUUUUAGGCUAGUGACUUGAGGUAUGAAUUUUCCAUAGAAUAUGCACUGACAACAACAUUGCCAUUCUUCUAUGGAAAGAAAACUUUUGAUGAUGAAACAAUAAAGAUUUUAAAUAUCUA